CGCGCAUGUGCCGCAGUGGAAAAGUUUGACGGGCCUGGGUGCAAGAAGAGAGCGAUGCCGUUCGACAACUCUAAACCCGAGACGUCCGAUGACGACAACGUCGACACCCGCAAAUUCGAGUGCACACACCGGGGCUGCAAGUACCGCACCAACAAACGUAGCAACAUGACCCGACACGUCAACGGGAUGCACGGAGACCUACCCACACCGCGACUAUGCUGCGGCCAGGAGUUCGGAAACAGAUUCGCCAUGGAAGAACACCGAAACCUGAUGCACCGCAGGGGCGACAGCGGUCCUCCGAUAUACAAAUGUGAGGAGUGCACAAAGGUCUUCGAAAGGCAGGGUCUUCUGGCGCGCCACAUGUGCGUGCACACGGGCGAGAAGCCGUUCGAAUGCAACGUCUGCAACUACGGAACGAGCCACAAAAGCAACUUGGAGCGCCACAAGGCUGCCAAACACGAUAACGUGAAGGCGAAGCCAGAUGGUCAGCCUUCGAAUGACAAGAAGAGUUCCCUCAAUGAAGACUCCGGCAUCGGCACUGACAACAGCGCUCACUCCAGGCCUGCCUCCGCAGGGGGCGGGGACGACGGUGCAGAUCAGCGUGGAUGCACCGAGGCUGGGCCCAAACGCACACCACUGGGUGAGUAG